AUGAACAUAGCAAACACCCUCUUGGGCCUACCGAUCUCCCCCCCCCUUCCUCAACCAGACAAAACGGCAGCUCUUUACGAGGCCGAUCGCAGCAGCCUGGAGAGGGGAGGAGGUGUCGCUGUCGAGAACCUACCUGCCUGUACCAAAUGCCGCCUCCCCAUUGCUGAUCGAUACGUGGUGAGGGUGAGGGGCUCCGUGUUGCACACCGACUGUGCUGUGUGUGCAGUUUGUGUUUGUCCCUUGCGCGACCUCUGCUUCGUCAUCGGGGGGCAGCUGCUUUGCCGCCGACACUAUCACGAUCUCUACGCGAUAAGGUGUGCCACCUGUAAACAGCCGAUGCUGAGCCACGAGUUGUGUAUGCGCCUGAGCGCAGAUGAGGUGCACCACGUGUCGUGCUUCGUCUGCUCCGUCUGCCGCAAGCCCCUGGCCUCCGGCGUCGAAUACGCCCACGACCCCACCACCGGCGCCCUCUUCUGCAAGGCGGACUUCCUCAACCGCGGCGCGGUUGAUGGUGGUGGUGGCGGGGGGGUCGUGCCGACGCAUCACCCCCCGCAGUCCCUCACCCCUGCUCCCUCCGCCCCCGCCGCCACUGCUGUUGCUGCCGCUGCCACCACCGCAGGAUGCUGCGUCGGCAGCGCCGGCGGCGGCGGUAAGCGUGGAAGGACGACUCUUUCUCAGGACCAGCGAGCCAAGUUGCAGCGGGUGUUUGAGGAUAACCCGCGGCCACCGCGAAAGGUUCGCGAGACCCUCGCCCGGGAAUUCGGUCUGCCGGUUAGAGUGGUGCAAGUCUGGUUUCAGAAUCAGCGGGCCCGCGAAAAGAAACUCGCCUCGUGUCACCUCAGAGACGCCACUUCCUCCCAAGCCCACCACCCCUCGCCCGCUGGCUACGUCGGCCCCGUCGAUGAGACCCCGUCGUCGGCAGGUGCGCACCUCGCUGUACCCACUUUGGUUUGUUUGUUUGUUUUUGCCUUGAAAGCACCCUGCGCACGCCUUCUCACUCUGCGCGUGGGCCAGUGGAUUCCGUUAGUGCUGUUUCGACUUGUCGCGGUUCAACGGCGCCCACUUCGUGGCGUCUGGUUCGAUGAGUUGUGCGUUCGGGUGUGA